AUGACUAAAGAGUUAACUGCUGCUAUUCUAUCAUCGUCUUAUACGAGAAUGAUUGCUUUAUUUGAACUAACAAAAACACCAGAAGAUUUUUUAAAGGUCAGAAAAGUCUAUUAUGACCUUUACAAAAGUUUUAUUAACGCACUUGAUGUAUUGACUAUAAAAAAAUGUCAGUUAAGUGUCGAACCAUUUGAGUCGUUUAAUUCAUUAGAAAAACUUGUUAAAUACCAAAAAUUAGCUUUUGAAGUCCCAUCAAAGUACUUUUCUGAUGCUGUUACAGUUGCUUUAAACAUCAACUAUUCUGAAGUAUAUGAUUUAAUUCGGAAUAUUAAAAACGAUAUUAACAACACUAAGAACAUCGACUCUUUGAUUUCUUUGUGUGAAAAAAUGAUGGCAACCUUUUCAAAACUACUUCCUCUUAAUAUUAUUGGGAAAUGUGUUCUAUUAAUUUACAAAGACUUACACCAAGUACCUACAUCAAAAUGUAUUACAUGGGAAACACUCCAAAAUAUAAGUCGGAAUUUCAAUGAUCUUCGUGCAUCUCUUGAAUUAUUUAACAAAAACAACUUUUUUAUAAAAAUGGGACCAGACAAAGUGAAUUUCUCAUCGAAAAUAUUUGGAAACACAGCAAUUAUAAAUUCCAUUGAAAAGAAAGACGAGCACAAAGUUGAAUACAAAAUUUCACAACAAAAUAAGCAGAUUGAGGAAUUGGAGAAAGAACUCAAAAAGUUCCAAAACGACGAAAAAGAAAAUGAAACACAAAUAGAUACUCUAAAAAUAGAAUUAGAACAUUUAAAUUUUCAAAUUUUGCAAUACCAACAAAUUCUACAAAAAAUGGAAAUUGAAAAAGUCGAAGUUGAAAAAAUCAUAUAUGAAAAUCAACUUUUGAACAAUUAUUUACAACAACUUACACAACAACUCAAUCAACUGCAAUUAGAUCUGAAUAAUAAAAAUCAAGAACUUGAAAAUUACAAAACAGAAAAUAACCAAAAUAAACAAAUUAUUGAACAACUCAAUACUAAUAGUUCCCAGCAACAAUCGUUCAUUGAAGGAUUAAAGAAACAAAUUUCUGAACCUCAAAACAACUCAACUGAUACCGAUAAAGAAAUCCAAAUUGAAACUUUAAAAAUGAGUUUAGAAGAACAAUCACAAAAAGUUUCUUCAUUAAAUUCUCAAAUUUUGCAAUACCAAAAAAUUAUUCAAAAAAUGGAAAUUGAAAAAGUCAAAACAGAAAAAGUGGAAGAUGAAAAAAACGAAAAGGAUACCAUUCUCACCGAAUCCGUAGAAAUCAAAGCGCCUCAAUUGCUUUUCUUAAGCGGUGGGAAAUUCUCAGUAGAUGUCCAUGGAACUGUUAUUGAAUUUGAUAUGCCAUCAUUUGCUAUAGCCCCCGUCACAUAUCAAAUUGAAGGUGUUGGAGAAGUCAAUGGAAAAGGUGGACAAAAAUAUGAAUUAAAAGUAUUAAUGGAAGACGAAAAUGAUCUUGUUAGAGAUGGGACUAAUCUAGUGAAAACCAUUUAUGUACCAAAACAGUUCGAGGGGCAAAAAGUGAAUUUACCACUUCAAAUAUUAGACUACAAUCAAACAGUAACUAUCGUCGUGCAAAACAAUUCAAUGUUUAAAAUUGAAGGAUUCGGGUGGUUCGACGAAAAUCGAAAAAGAGGAGAUUUAUUUGUUACUCUCAAAAUUGUUUGA